AUGCCAUCUUACCUGAUCACCGGUGCCGGAAGAGGACUCGGCUUGGUUCUGGUCCGACAACUGCUCAAGAAGCCGGACACCUUCGUCAUCGCAACCGCGCGCAAGCCCGAGGCGUCGCAAGGGCUGCAGAGCCUCGCUAAAGAGUACUCCAAAGACCGUCUCGUGCUGUUCCGAUUGGACGUGCUCGAUUUCGCCAGCUACGACGCCCUCGCGGCCAAAGUUGCGCCUCUCCUGCCCAACGGCCUGGACUACCUGAUCAACAACGCCGGAGUCUCCUACCAAGACUACAUCCCCUUCGAUAAAAUCGAUCUGAAACUGUAUGAGGAAGAGCUCCGCGUCAACGCCAUCGCGCCGAUCCACGUCACCCGCACCUUCCUGCCUCUGAUCCGCAAGGGCAAGGCGAAGAAGAUCGUCUUCUUCACCUCCAUCCUCGGAUCCAUCACGUUGGCUACGAACUGGUCCGACCUGCAGCCCGUGUACAGCGUGUCAAAGGCAGCCCUGAACACCACGGUUCGCUUGUGGGCUGUGCCACUCGCCAGCGAAGGCAUCGCCACCGUCCUCUUGCACCCGGGCUGGGCCGGCACCGAUAUGGGCAACAAGAACGACGCGUACUUCGCAGAACGCAAGAUCCCUGCUGUCAAGAUUACGCCUGAUGAGGCCAUCGAGAAGACUCUCAAGGUCAUCGAUGACGCCCCGCUUACGGGCGACAUCAAGUACUACAACAACGACGGUACCGAAUUCCCUUGGUGA